UGAAAAACAUAUCUAAACACUCAUCAUCAUAAGCCAUGGACUAUCUAUCUCUUCUUCUUUUAGCUUGCUUUGUGUGGAUUAGCAUUCAAAUUCUCAUAUCCAAAAGAUUAGGUAUCAAAACACCAAGAUCACUUAAACUUCCACCAGGGCCUAACCCUUUUCCAAUCAUAGGAAACAUCUUAGAAUUGAGUAACCAACCUCACCAAGCACUUGCUAAGCUUUCUCAAACCUAUGGACCAAUCAUGACUCUUAAGCUUGGCAACAUAACAACCAUAGUUAUUUCCUCUCCACAAUUAGCCAAAGAAGUACUCCAUAAAAAUGACCUAAUUUUUUUUUAUAGAACGGUUCCGGAUACUCUUAAAGCACUUGACCACCACAUACAUUCAAUGGGAUGGAUGCAACCUUCACCUCUAUGGAGGACGCUUAGAAAAGUUUGUGCUACCAAAGUUUUUUCUUUGCAACAACUCGACUCCACACAAAUUAUUCGUCAAAAAAAAUUAAAAGAAUUGGCGGAUUUUGUGAAGGAAAAAAGUGAAAAAGGUGAAAUUUUGGAUAUCAAUGAGGCUAUUUUUAUAACCGUACUUAAUUCCAUGUCAAGCACUUUGUUUUCCAUGAAUUUGGUUAAUUUUGGUGGUUUUAAGUCUCAAGAAUUCAAAGAAAUAGUUUGUGGUAUAAGUGAAGAAGCUGCAAAGCCUAAUGUUGUGGAUUUCUUUCCAAUCUUGAGGAUAUUUGAUCCACAAGGUGCACGUGCUAGAAUGACCAAACAUUUUAGGAAGAUAAUUAAUAUAUUUGAUGGUAUUGUUGAAGAAAGAUUGCGAUUAAGGGCUCUAGACGAAAUGGACACCAAGGAAUACAAAGAUGUGUUAGAUUAUUUGCUUGAAGUGAUGUUGGAGGAAAAUUCUCAAAUAAGUCGCAUCCAUGUAUUGCAUUUACUUUUGGAUCUAUUUGUGGCUGGACUAGACACAACAUCGAUUACCAUAGAAUGGGCAAUGGCAGAAUUACUACGCAACCCAGAAAAAAUGCAAAAAUUGAAAGAAGAGCUUGAACAUGUUCUUGGCAAGGGUGAAAAACAAAUUGAAGAAUCACAUAUAUCAAAUCUUCCUUUCCUAGGAGCUGUGGUGAAGGAAACUUUACGCUUUCAUACACCAAUCCCAUUCCUAUUGCCACACAAGUCACAAGAGGAUGUUGAACUAUGUGGCUUCACUGUGCCUAAAAAUGCACAAGUUUGGGUUAAUGUAUGGGCUAUGGGGAGAGAUUCAAGUAUUUGGAUAAACCCUAAUGAAUUCAUGCCUGAAAGAUUUUUGGAGAGUAAGAUUGACUUUAAAGGUCAAGAUUUUGAGUUAAUUCCUUUUGGGGCCGGAAGAAGAAUUUGUCCUGGAUUACCAUUGGCUUAUAGGACUAUGCACAUAGUGUUGGGCACUCUUGUGCAUGGCUAUGAUUGGAAGUUAGUUAAUGGCCAAAAGGCAAAGGACCUAGAUAUGUCUGAAAAUUUUGGGCUUACCUUGCAUAAAGCUCAAUCUCUCCAAGCUAUUCCCAUAAAAACACAGCAUUGAAGAGGUGAUAUAUAUCU